CUUGGCCUUCUCAGUACUUCUGCCUCUUCUCUCAUCAAUCUCAUCGUUCUCAAUUUAUUUUUUUUUCUGUCAUUAAAUCAUUCGUUCAUAUGGCGGAGUCAUCUGCUCUGACUUUCUCCAGCUUCAGUUGUUCCAUCUCAACCUUGUCUCCUUCCAGGUCCAAGGAUACCUCCUUUACAAUCCCCACCAGACUGUCAUCUUUUCUCCUCGCUUCUUCUCUCCCCAAGGGAAACGCAUUGUUUCAUCGACGACAAUCCUCUCUUCUCAUCCGAUGUGGUGCUAAAGAUUCCGGUGCUGGAGAUUUCAUCGGAGACGAUUCUUUCGGUUUCUAUCCCUGGCAAUCCCCAAUUUCAGAUGGAGAAGAUGGCAGUGCAAUUCAGUGGGUACCUGAGGAUAGAGUCACACUUUUAACUGCUGAUGGUCUAGUACAAAUAGGAGGUUCCAUGGUCCCUCGCCGUCUUUCAUCUUCAGAUAAGAAGCAGGGGAGAUUGAAGACUUCUCAAAGACUACAGCGUUUUCAGGAGAGUGACUACAUGGAUCCCAAUCAGGGACUAUGUUUGGGUGCACUGUUUGAUAUUGCAGCAACAAAUGGACUUGACAUGGGUAGAAGACUUUGUAUAUUUGGCUUUUGUCGUUCCAUUGAGAUGCUGAGUGAUGUUGUGGAAGACACCGUCUUGGAGCAUGGUGGAGAGGUUGUAGCUGCAGAGAAGGCUAGCAAAGGGGGGUUGCAAGAAAAGCUUACCAUGACUGUCGCUGUGCCACUUCUUUGGGGUGUCCCUCCUGCUUCUGAAACACUCCACCUUGCUGUCCGGAGUGGUGGGGGAAUUGUGGAGAAGGUGUAUUGGCAGUGGAACUUUUUGUAGUGGAAUGAAGAGAUGCUAUGAUCCUGUAUCUUUGUACAUAAUUUGUUGUAAUAUCUGUACAAAACACAAAUGUUACAUCUAUUGCUUUGUUAAUUAACUGGCACUGG